CGAGGAUGACUUCGCGGGAAGCCGGGGCGAGAUAGACUGUUACAGGUAUGGAUUCAUGCCCGAAUUCUUGAAUUAGGGAUUGUGCUUCGAGAUUUGCUACAAGCAUCCGAAGAGCGCGGUGGGGAAUUCCCAUUUCCUAAGUCGCUCUCUCUCUCUCUCUCUCUCUCUCUCUCUCGUGUAUGCCUUGCGUCGAUCUUCGAGGACUCCACGUGGGCUUUCGAUGCGAGACGGUCCUUUUUUGUGUACAUUAAUUCAGUCGUAGCGAGAUUUCGAUGCGUAAAACGGUGACGGUAGAUGAUCCACCUCGUUCCCAUCUUUCUCAUGAUUCCCAAGAACAUUUCUCCUUCCAAUUCCAACUCGACGCUGCCUUGUGUGGUUCCGCUUUAUUCUCGCCCCCUUGUCUUUUUUUCCCCGGAUAUCGGAUGCGAAGGCAGGCAAAUUAGGGUUCUAGAGUCCCCCAAUUACUGUUUCAUUUUGAUUUUAUUCUUUCAUUUUGAUCGUCUCAUUAAGAUUCCAAUUACUUUUUUUUUAUUCUACUGCUAAAAAUUUGGAUUUCCCUCCCCUCUAUUCAUGUGAGAUCUUUCUGUCGCUAUAUCUUGUUUAUUCUAUCCAUUCGUCUUUAUGCUUGGAAUCCAAUUUGUUGUACGUAAUCGAUUAGUGGUUGGGUUGAAUUGUUAUUCCUUCCUGCAUAUUCUUUAAAAUGAAGCUUUUUGUUCACGUCAUUGAGGCCCGUGGUCUUCCUGUAAUGAAUAUGAAUGGGUCAUGUGAUCCCUAUGUGAGAUUGCAGCUUGGCGGUCGUAGGUCGAAAACUAAGGUCAUCAAAAAGAACUUGAACCCUUUUUGGGAUGAAAAGUUCAGCUUCCUUGUCGGGGAACUCAGUGAAGAGCUUACUGUCUCAGUUCUCAACGAAGAUAAGUACUUUAAUAAUGAUUUCUUGGGGAAGGUGAAGGUGUCAUUGUUGAAGGUCUUGGACGCUGAAAACCUAUCCCUGGGGACGGCCUGGUACCAGCUGCAACCCAAGAAUAAGAAGUCGAAGAACAAAAAAAGGGGGGAAAUUUGUCUCACCAUACAAUUGUCCCCUAGAAAUACUAUCUUGGAUGAAUCUUCUAUUGUCUCACAAGCACCUUCUGGUGAUCUUGCAUCAAGUUCAGAGACCUCCCAACUGAUGAGGGAAGCGCCUUUGUGUACUUCUGGUGGCAAAAUUGAUUCAUCUUCUUUGAUGGAUCUUGAAGAAACUAGAGCUACCAAGGAAAAUAAGUCAAACACAACAUCUUUUGUUGAGCUAUUGUCUCAGAUGUUCCGUGGGAAGAAUGCAGAAUCUGUUCCUUUAGCUGAAAAUAGGGACCUUGAUUCCUUAGAACAGUCAGAAGGGACAUCUACGAAAGCGGAUGUAUGUGCUGACUCAGCUGACAAUGUACCAUGUGAGAACAAAUUCGAGGAACUACUGGAAACUAUGGCCUCAAAAUGUCUCGGGUCUGAUAUGCCUGGGCAUCUACCUGGUGGAAUAUUACUUGAUCAAUCUUACGCUAUUGCACCAGGUGAUCUGAACUCACUUCUUUUUUCACCAGAUUCAAAUGUUAGGAAAUCUUUUGCAGAGCUUCAAGGAACUACAGAUCUGCAAAGGGAACCGUGGAGGCUUCUUAAUGGUGAAAGUAGUUUAAAGAGAGUGCUGACUUACACAAAAGCUGCAACUAAACUGAUCAAGUCUGUGAGAGCUACAGAGGAGCAGACAUAUCUGAAUGCAGAUGGAAAACAGUUUGCAGUUUUAGCAAGCGUAAGCAUUCCUGAUGUUCCUUGUGGUAGCUAUUUUAAGACAGAGAUCCUCUAUUUGAUAAAGCCUGGGCCUCAGCUGCCAUCAGCUAAUCAAUCAUCACAUUUGAUUAUAUCAUGGCGUUUAAACUUUCUUCAAAGUACAAUGAUGAAAGGCAUGAUUGAAAGUGGAGCAAAGCAAGGUCUUACAGAGAGUUUUGCCCAGUUUGCUGACAUUCUUUCCAAGCAUGUUAAACCAGUUGCUUUGGAUGACUCUUCUUGCAGCAUAGAGAAAAACUUGGUUCUACCAGAGAUAAAACGGGAGUCUAGUUUGGGCUUGGCAUUCCAGUUCCUCCGGAAUUUUACAGUUCUACUCUCUCUCUUUGUAGGAUUAUAUGUCUGUGCUCACAUCCUAAUAGCCAAACCUGGCACGGUUCAGGGGCUUGAAUUUGUUGGACUUGAUUUGCCUGACUCCUUCACAGAACUUCUAGUGUCUGCAGUUUUGACGCUUCAAGGGCAAUAUGUUCUAGAAGUAAUAGGACGUUUUUUGCGUGCCAGAAAACACAAUGGUAGUGAUCAUGGGGUUAAAGCACAAGGAGAUGGUUGGUUGCUAACUGUUGCAUUGAUUGAGGGAAGCAAUAUAGGAGGUGCAUAUUCAUGUGGGUUCUCUGAUCCCUAUGUUGUCUUUACAUGCAAUGGAAAAACAAAGACAAGCACAAUUAAGUUCCAAGCAGCAAAUCCAGUAUGGAAUGAGAUAUAUGAAUUUGAUGCCAUGGAUGAUCCUCCAUCUAGAAUGGAGGUGGCGGUUUAUGAUUUUGAUGGACCAUUGGAUGAGGCUAUAUCUCUUGGUCAUGCAGAAGUCAACUUUGUGAAAUCUAAUUUAUCAAAACUAGCUGAUAUCUGGAUUCCUCUUCAAGGAAAAUUUGCUCAAGCAUGUCAGUCUAAGUUGCGUUUGAGGAUUUUUUUGAGCAAUUCAAGGGGCAAUGGUGUUGUCACAGAUUAUCUAACAAAAAUGGAGAAAGAGGUCGGCAAGAAGAUAAAUCUGCGGUCACCUCAAACAAAUUCUGCAUUCCAGAAGCUCUUUGGUCUCCCACAAGAAGAAUUUCUCAUUAAUGACUUUUCCUGUCACCUGAAACGCAAGAUGCCUUUACAGGGUCGGCUUUUCCUUUCUUCAAGAAUUAUCGGGUUUUAUACGAAUAUAUUUGGACACAAGACCAAGUUUUUCUUUCUCUGGGAUGACAUUGAUGAUAUCCAAGUUAUUCCGCCAUCUCUGGCAAAUGUUGGUAGUCCUUCUAUGAUUAUAGUCCUAUGGCAAGGUAGAGGUAUGGAUGCAAAGCAUGGAGCAAAAGAAAUAGACCAGGAUGGAAGAUUAAAAUUUCAUUUUCAGUCAUUCGUCUCAUUCAAUGUAGCCAGCAGGACAACCAUGGCAUUGUGGAAAGCAAGAUCUUUGAGUCCUGAGCAGAAGGUGCAACUUGUUGAAGAAGAAUCUGAAGCAAAACACUUUCAAAGUGAAGAAAGUGGAUCAUGCUUGGGAUUUGAAGAUGUCAAAACGUUUGAGAUCUAUGCUGAUGGCCUUCCAAUGGCUGCUAGUUUUGUAAUGAAUAUAUUUGAAGGAGGCCCAUUGGAACAGAAGAUUAUGCAGAAAGUCGGUUGCCUUGACUAUUCAGCCACACAAUGGCAACCAGUUAAACUUGAUGUAUGGCAGAGGCGAAUCGGUUACAAAUUCGAUGGUAAUUUAUCACGUUUUGAAGGGGAAGUGACCAGCACUCAGCAAAAGUAUCCCUUGCCUAAUAGAAAUGGAUGGAUUGUAGAAGAGGUUGUCUCUCUCCAAGACCUCCUACUUGGUGAUUGUUUCAGUCUUCUACUGAAAUACCGGAUAGAGGAUCUUCCCUCUGUAUCCAAGGGAUGCAGUGUUCAAGCAUCCCUGGGAAUUGCUUGGCUGAAAAGUACUAAACACCGAAAGAAGAUCACAAAGAACAUAAUUACUGAUACUUCUCUUCGCCUCAAAGAGAUAUUUUCUCAAGUCGAGAAAGAGCUACAAGAUGGGAACCAGAUUCUGUGAUAUUAGCUGAGCCCAUUAAUUUUGAUACUAUUAGACUUCAAAGAGGCUGCAUGUUUAUCUGAUAUUCAAUAUGGUUCACUGCUAAUUUAUCUGCUGAAUUUGGAGGUAUUUGAAAUUAGAUCAGCAAACAACCAAGACAGCUACAUUUCUUUUCUAGCAACGGUGAGAGGAUCAUGGGUGUUUUGACUAAUGGACUUGAAUUAGACUCUAGAAUAUAUUGGGUGUCAUGGAUCAUCUUCGGUUGUCUCCUCGUUCUCAUAGAUGACAUCAAUCUUGCUGUCUUGAAACUCGGAUAUGCUUACGAGAUUAAACCUGUCACUAAGAUAUGUUUACAGGAUAAAUGGAGGAUGAGUAUUCCAGUGAAGUUCUGGUUUGAUCCUUUGGUGCACUGUAGCUGGAACUGUGAUCGAUUGAGACAAUUGUGGCACAUGCUGAUUGUUGAUGCUAAGAGAACAGUUGUUUAAACGAUAUAUAUCCGAAGGAAACAAAAGAAACCUUAUUUUGCCUGCGAAAACCAACUUGCGGCUACACAUUAGAGUAUAUGAAUUUAGGUGUCAUUAGAGUAUAUGAAUUCCAUGUAUAUCUCCGAUACUAUUGUGUUAUAUGAUGUACCAUGAUUUUUUUUUCUGAAACGCAAUUAAGUGAGAAAUUUGCUUUAAGCAAGGUUUA